AAAUCCUAAAUAUAUGCCUCAUGUAACACGUUCAAAUAAUAUAAAUCAUUUCUACCCACAAACAUCAUCUGACAACCUCAAAAUACCCACAAACAACCACAACACGGCCUAACACUUGCCCACAACCACGUAACACGCAUACGCGCAGCCAAACAACCAUAUUUCACGGCGAGCCACCAACCACAAUUCCCUCCCCAUAGAAUUACUUUGAAAACCCAGAAAAAUUCUCAGCAAAAUACAAUUCCCAUACACCCUUUCAUCUUCAACCUCAAAAUGCCCACCACAGAUUUUCUUUUAAUCGUCGCAAAAGAAGAUCUCAUGAAAUACAAAGAAGCUUUUGCACCAGAUCAUGGAGUUGAAAUUCACAUCCAAAUCGCUCCAACGCCAAGCUAAGAAAUGCGAGAAGGAAGAGAAAUACAAGCGUUGAAGAUCAAGAAAGCCAUGGAGAAAGGCAACAUCGACAGAGUUCGAAUCUAUGCCGAGAACGCAAUCCAGAAAAUGCACGAGAAGAUGAACUAUCUCCGCCUCGCAUCUUGCCUCGACGCUGUUGUAGCUCGUCUCAACAUGCAAGCGAAGAUGUCUAUAACCAAGAAGUCCAUGGGGAAGUUGGGUUCAGCCAGUGAGAGAAGAGGAGCGAGGCUAGGUUCGGUCAUGCAUGGGAGAAAGGGAGAGAGGGUUGGGUGAAGGGGAGAGAAAUCAGGCGUGUCUACAUGGUUGAGAUAGAAAAUUUUAGGAAUAGGGAGAGGAAAAGAUAGAGAGGGGAGAGAGGCACGCGUGUUUCACAAAUAAUAUAAGAUUAUUCUAUUUUAACCUUCAGCUACAAUGAGCUGUUAGAGAUGUAGUUUACUGUAGCUUAAACUCAAAAUUUUUUUAGUUCACUAUAGCUAAAUUAGUUUUUUAGUCAUUUUAGCAAUUUUAGUGUGAAUGCUCUAAAAUCCAAUAAUAACAAGUCUUAGCAAGAAAAACUCAAAGCUCGCCUCGUCGUCCCCAAUAGUCCUAUGAUAGAAACUCUUUCAAUUACACCACCACAUAUUCCUAAAUUUAUUUCCACUUUGAAACCACAUUCACUCUUUCAUUCUAGAUUUUCUUAAUGCUGAUGUUAAUGGGCUGUAUCUAAACAAAUCUAUUGAGCCUCUUUUGGCUGUUUCUUUAAUAUAUUCCUCCUUUUACCCCCAAAAAAAGAAGUCCAAACUCAUUGAAAGUCAAUACUUAAAUAAUUGCUUAAUUUUCCCUAAACAUUAUUUUCAUUUUUAGCUUAUUUAAUGGAUUAGCUCUGACCCACCCACCUCACGAGAAAAUGCAACAUGCAUGGAUGGCAUGUUUCCUCCCCUCUCACAUGAAGUUAAACCCCACAAGUGGAGUUUUACUUUCACGUAAGGGGAGGAAAUAUGCAUCUGAUACAUGGUAUACCAUCUCACACACCAAAAAUCCAAAACUUAUAUAUAAUUCCACUCCCAAAAUUCCCUCUUGAUAACCUUUCUUCCUUUACAAGUUGUUUGAGCUAAGUACAAUACCAAUACAAAUGGAGAAAUCUGGGUAUGGGAGAGAUGGGAUAUACAGGUCAAUGAGACCACCACUAGUGUUACCAAAAGACCCAAAUCAUUCCAUAGUCACAUUUCUCUUCAGAAACGCAUCCUCGUACUCGUACCCAAACAAACCUGCUCUCAUAGACGCAGAAACCUCCGAAACCUUAACCUUCUCGCAACUAAAAUCCACAAUCGCGAAAGUGUCACAAGGAUUGCUCAGCCUAGGCGUCACCAAAAACGAUGUUGUCCUCAUCUUCGCUCCGAACUCAAUCCAAUUCCCAAUCUGCUUUCUAUCCAUCGUCGUAAUAGGUGCAAUCGCCUCAACAACCAACCCUCUGUACACAACCCAAGAACUCUCCAAACAAGUCAAGGACUCGAACCCAAAGUUAGUUAUUACCGUUGCCAAACUGUUCGACAAAGUCAAAAGUUUCAACCUCCCAGCUGUCAUUUUAGGACCAAACACCAACCUUACUUCAAACCCGAACGUUAUCCACUUCAACGAUUUGCUAAACCUUAACCCAUCAUCAUCAUCAUCAGAUUCCGAGCUGAACAUCAACCACGUGAAGCAAAACGACACCGCCGCGUUGCUAUACUCGUCGGGAACCACGGGGAAAAGCAAAGGCGUGGUUUUGAGUCAUGGGAAUUUCAUCGCGACGUCGCUGAUGGUGACGAUGGAUCAAGAGGUGUCCGGAGAGAGACACCACGUGUUCCUGUGCGUGUUGCCGAUGUCUCACGUGGCUGGGUUGUCGCUGAUUAUGUACGGGCAGUUGCAGAUUGGGAAUGCGGUGGUUUCGAUGGAGAGGUUUGGGCUGGAGAAGGUGUUGGCGGCGGUAGAGAGGUAUAGGGUCAGUCACCUUUGGGUGGUGCCGCCGAUCAUAUUGGCUCUGGCGAAACAGAGUGUGGUGAAGAGGUACGACUUGUCGUCGUUGAAGCAAAUCUUGUCUGGUGCUGCGCCUUUGGGUAAGGAUUUGAUGGAGGAGUGUAUUAGGAAUUUUAUUAUUGAUAAAAUUAUCUAA